AUGGACACGAAUUUGAGUAUUAUUUAUAUUUCUACUUUAUUUUUACUGCUAGCAUCUUCAAUUAUAGCUCAACCUGUGGUUUUUGAUAUAACAAAAUAUGGAGGAGCGCCUAAUGGAGACCUGACCUCGAGCUUGGAGAGAGCAUGGAAAGAAGCAUGUGCAUCAACAAGUGCAAGCAAAGUUUUGGUGCCAAAAAAUUCAUACAAUUUAAGACAAAUAGAGCUCAACGGCCCUUGUAAAGCUCCAAUUGAGCUUCACAUUGAAGGUAACAUUGCAGCACCAGAAAACCCUAAUCAGUUUGAUGGAGAUGCUCAGUGGGUUAGAUUUGGAUACAUUGAUUCUUUUACUUUAUCCGGCGGAGCCACUUUUGAUGGUAAAGGUUCAAUGGCUUGGAGGCAAAAUAAUUGUCAUCAAACUUGGAAUUGCAAAAAGCUCUCCAUGAAUUUUGGUUUCAGCUUCAUGAACAAUUCAAUCAUACAGCAUAUAACAUCAAAACACAGCAAAAACUUUCACGUAAAUGUUCUAAGCUGCCGAAAUAUUACAUUCAGCAAAUUCAUCAUUGAAGCCCCAGCAGAAAGUCCAAAUACAGACGGAAUCCAUAUCGGAAGAUCAACACAAGUGAAAAUACUUGACUCAGUUAUUAGGACAGGAGAUGAUUGUAUCUCAUUGGGUGAUGGAAGUAGACAAGUUAGUAUUGAGAAUGUGACAUGCGGACCUGGCCAUGGCAUUAGCGUUGGAAGCCUUGGAAAAUAUGAAAAUGAAGAACUUGUGGAAGGUUUGAUAGUGAAGAAUUGCACUUUCAUAGAUACUGAUAAUGGUGUGAGGAUCAAGACAUGGCCUGGUACUUCGAUUAAAAUCCCAGUCUCUCAACUGCGUUUUGAGAAUCUUGUCAUGAUUAAUGUUACAAAUCCUAUAAUCAUAGACCAAGAAUAUUGUCCGUGGAACCAAUGUUCAAAGCAGACCCCGUCAAAAGUACAAAUAAGUAGAGUUUCCUUCAAGAACAUCAGAGGCACAUCAACAACAAAGGAAGGAAUGAUUCUAAUUUGCAGUAGUAGUGUACCAUGUGAGAAGGUAAAACUCACAAAUAUUGAUCUCAAAUUUAAUGGGACUCCUACAAUUGCCACUUGUAAGAACAUCAAGCCCCAAGUCUUUGGAAAAGUACCAACUUGUACUCCUUAG